GGAGAGAACUUAGUGCCUUUGAUCUGGAUUUAGUCUCUGGAUGGGACUUUGGAGUAAGGGGGUUUAUGAGGAAAUAUGGUGCUUCAUCUGAUGAGCUGGACCCAGUCUUUUGAUCAAGCCUCCUGAGAACAAGGAAGCCAGGCAUCAAUUCUUUACCUCUCUGUGACUGUGACGACCUGGACAAGGAAAGGCUUUUAGGUGCCUACUCCCGCGAACACAGAGCGCCCAUCUUCCCAGCCCGGACAAAACCCGGAGAGGUGGAAUCCCUCGCCCGGAGCGCCCCGGCGGCCACUGGGCAUGCUCCGUCGUCAGGCAGGUUCGGGGCCGCGAGCAGCUGGUGCGACUCACGGAUCCCUCCUGCGGCCGCACGUCCUCCGCCCCCCGAGCAGCGAGCGGGCGCAUGAUGGCGGCGGCGGCGGCGGGGAGCGCCAGCGGCGGCAGCAGCGGCUGCGGCGGCGGCGGCAGCAGCAGCAGCGACACGUCCAGCACCGGCGAGGAGGAGAGGAUGCGGCGCCUCUUCCAGACGUGCGACGGCGACGGCGACGGAUACAUUAGCAGAAAUGACUUGUUGAUGGUCUGUCGCCAGCUGAAUAUGGAAGAGUCUGUAGCUGAGAUCAUGAACCAACUGGGCGCAGAUGAAAACGGAAAGAUUUCCUUUCAGGAUUUUACAAGGCGCCGCAUGCAGCUCGUCAGAGAAAUUAGGAAGGAGGAAGUAGGCCUUUCUGAGAAGUCAGACAACUGCUGUAAAAAGAAGAAGCUGAGGGACAGAAUUGCCUCCUGGCCCACAAGCAGCGACAACAGUCUGGGUGCCUUAUCAGCAGCCAGAGAGAGCUGGGAAUACGACUCGGGUGCCAGGGACCUCCAGAGCCCGGACUUACAGGGUCAGUCAGCUCUACAGAAGCUUCUAGACUGUGGCGGGAGCUCUCUGCACCAGCACGCUGCUGCUCUCCACAAGCUGCUCACACAGUCCCCACAUUCUGGCAACUCUGUAGGAGGAAGCUAUCUAGAGCUGGCCAACACGCUCCACUUGGCAGCCCUGGCAUCACUCAGAGGAGACAUAGUAGAGCUUAAUCAACGUCUGCAGCAAACGGAGCGGGAACGGGACCUCCUGGAAAAGAAACUGGCCAAGGCACAGUGUGAGCAGUCCCACCUCAUGAGAGAACAUGAGGACGUCCAGGAGCGAACGACACUUCGGUACGAGGAACGCAUCACGGAACUCCACAGCAUCAUUGCGGAGCUCAACAAGAAGAUAGACCGACUGCAGGGCACCACCAUCAGGGAGGAAGAUGAAUACUCAGAACUGCGAUCAGAACUCAGCCAGAGCCAACAUGAGGUCAACGAGGACUCUCGCAGUGUAGACCAAGACCAGACCUCUGUCUCCAUCCCCGAAAACCAGUCCACCAUGGUCACUGCGGACAUGGAUAACUGCAGUGACCUGAACUCGGAACUGCAGAGGGUGCUGACUGGGCUGGAGAACGUCGUCUGCUGCCGGAAGAAGAGCAGCUGCAGCCUCUCUGUGGCCGAGGUGGACAGGCACAUCGAGCAGCUCACCACAGCCAGUGAGCACUGUGACCUGGCUAUUAAGACAGUGGAGGAAAUUGAGGGGGUCCUUGGCCGGGACCUGUAUCCCAACCUGGCAGAAGAGCGGUCUCGAUGGGAGAAGGAGCUGGCCGGGCUGAGGGAAGAGAACGAGAGCCUGACUGCCAUGCUAUGCAGCAAAGAGGAGGAGCUGAACAGGACCAAGGCCACCAUGAACGCCAUCCGGGAGGAGCGGGACCGCCUGCGGAGGAGGGUUCGGGAGCUUCAAACUCGACUACAGAGCGUGCAGGCCACCGGCCCCUCCAGCCCCGGCCGCCUCACUUCUGCCAACCGCCCGGUGAACCCCAGCACCGGGGAGCUGAGCACGAGCAGCAGCAGCAAUGACAUUCCCAUCGCCAAGAUUGCUGAGAGGGUGAAGCUAUCAAAGACCAGGUCUGAAUCUUCAUCGUCCGAUCGGCCAGUCCUGGGCUCAGAAAUCAGCAGCAUAGGGGUAUCCAGCAGUGUGGCAGAGCACCUGGCCCACUCUCUUCAGGACUGCUCCAACAUCCAAGAGAUCUUCCAAACACUCUACUCCCAUGGAUCUGCCAUCUCGGAGAGCAAAAUUAGAGAGUUUGAGGUGGAAACGGAGCGGCUGAAUAGCCGUAUUGAACACCUCAAAUCCCAAAAUGACCUUCUGACCAUCACCCUGGAAGAAUGCAAAAGCAAUGCAGAGAGGAUGAGUAUGCUGGUGGGAAAAUACGAAUCCAACGCCACGGCGCUGAGGCUGGCCCUGCAGUACAGCGAGCAGUGCAUUGAAGCCUAUGAACUCCUCCUGGCGCUGGCCGACAGUGAGCAGAGCCUCAUCCUGGGGCAGUUCCGGGCAGCCGGUGUGGGGUCGUCCCCUGGAGACCAGUCAGGGGACGAAAACAUCACUCAGAUGCUCAAGCGAGCCCACGACUGCCGGAAGACGGCCGAGAAUGCCGCCAAGGCCCUGCUCAUGAAGCUGGAUGGCAGCUGCGGGGGCGCCUUUGCCGUGGCCGGCUGCAGCGUGCAGCCCUGGGAGAGCCUCUCCUCCAACAGCCACACCAGCACCACCAGCUCCACGGCCAGCAGCUGUGACACAGAGUUCACUAAAGAAGAUGAGCAGAGGCUGAAGGAUUACAUCCAGCAGCUCAAGAAUGACAGGGCCGCGGUUAAGCUGACCAUGCUGGAGCUGGAAAGCAUCCACAUCGAUCCUCUCAGCUACGACGUCAAGCCCCGGGGAGACAGCCAGCGGCUGGAUCUGGAAAAUGCAGUGCUGAUGCAGGAGCUGAUGGCCAUGAAGGAGGAAAUGGCCGAGCUCAAGGCCCAGCUCUACCUCCUGGAGAAAGAGAAGAAGGCCCUGGAGCUGAAGCUGAGCACGCGGGAGGCCCAGGAGCAGGCCUACCUGGUGCACAUCGAGCACCUGAAGUCCGAGGUGGAGGAGCAGAAGGAGCAGCGCACACGGUCCCUCAGCUCCACCAGCAGUGGCGGCAAGGACAAGUCCGGCAAGGAGUGUCCUGACGCCACCUCCCCGGCGCUGUCUCUGGCUGAACUACGGACGACGUGCAGCGACAGCGAGCUGGCCGCCGAGUUCGCUAAUGCCAUCCGACGAGAAAAGAAGUUAAAGGCCAGAGUUCAAGAGUUGGUGAGUGCCUUGGAAAGACUCACCAAGAGCAGUGAAAUCCGACACCAGCAAUCAGCAGAGUUCGUCAACGACCUAAAGCGAGCCAACAGCAACCUGGUGGCUGCCUACGAGAAAGCCAAGAAGAAGCAUCAAAACAAACUAAAGAAGUUGGAGUCUCAGAUGAUGGCUAUGGUGGAGAGACAUGAGACCCAAGUGAGGAUGCUCAAGCAACGAAUCGCUCUACUGGAGGAGGAGAACUCAAGGCCACACACCAAUGAAACGUCACUGUAAUCGGCACUCAGGCUCCAAGGUUCUGCCCGUGGAAGUAUAACUCUAGCAGGGCACUGAGGUCAGAGGGGCCCUGGGACAGAGGACCUGUUGGGAGAAUGAGAAAAGGGAAGGGUGGCAGGUAGGCCAGCACUUGGACAACUGAGUGCCCUGGACUCAGCUCCGGGGUGAGGGGCCCCAGGGACACCACGUGGACUGUCUCUAGCGGACCCUGCUCCUCCUGUCCCGGCGGUGGACAGCGUGGGAACUGCCACGUGCGCCGGGCUCUGUGGGCCUCGCUUCUGCUCUCAGCACUGGCUAUCACUCUCCCUCCUCUUCUGUUCUGGAGGUGGUGCUGCAGUGGGAUAAUCCACAGCAGAUGUUUUCUUAAAGAUUUCCCAUUCCUUUUCCCUCUUUUUGGUGGGCAGCAACCUUCUCUCUGGCAUCCCCAGCUUCUCUUUCCUGACCUGGGCGGGGGGGGUCAAGGCUCAGCAUGGAGCAGAACUGCCCAUUUGUUUAGUGGAACCAGGCUUUGGUUUUUCAGGUCUCACAUGUCAACUCAAGAUACAGGCUGUCACUCAGAGCUGUUAGCUAUAGCCCCAGAAAUGCUGAAGCUACAGGCAGAGCAGUGAGGCCUGAACAGCUCUGGACAGGAGAAUGGAAGUUCCUCGCCUCUCCUCAUGGAGGCAGGGCUGGGAAGGGAGCUCUCUUCUGACUGGGAGUUCCUCCUCCCCUGGUGGAGCUUUUUAAGAGCCAAGGCUUGGCACAGGGAGAAUCCUGUUGAUACCUGUAAGGGACCUAGACUGGCGUCUGGAGGUUCUUCCAGAGCAGAGGUGCAUUAGCCCUCUCCCGCACCCCAGGGCACUACACAGUCGCUGUGCUACGUGGAUCAGAGCUCCUCCACGUGAGCUGUGGACCUGCUUCUGUCUGUCUAAGGGCAAGAGGCAGGAGCUGACUAGAUCAUGUUUUGCAGGCUGAACCCACCGAUUUAAGAGAUUGCUCCUGCAGCACCAGUUUGCGAGUUCACUCCUGCUGUUACAAAGGGCAGGGGUUGAAGGAAUGGUCAUUGAGGCCUCCUUUUUUUUAUCCCCCAGAGACAUGGGGAUGGUUAGCACAUGGUGCUUAAACAGGUGACAUCUCAAGCAGUGCUGACAGGACUGGGCAGGACCGAAGUACCUGAAUUCUUUCAGGAAGGUCUUCCACCUUAAAUUCAUUAUUCCUUUUUUAACCUUUCCUGUUUCACUUUUCACUUUGUUCUUCCCUUCUUACGUCACCGCUCUACCUUGACAGAUACAUUUCAAAGGACUACUUACCAUUUAUUCUGUAGCACCUGAAGACCACCUGAAGUCCUCUAGGAGAAACGGGGCCCAGUGUCACAGCUCGGCUUAUGAUCAGGUCACUGCAUUCACGCCCCCGUGUCCGUGAGGUAAAGAUCUGUCCUCAGCCUUCUGCACGAGGCAGGAAGGGCACUCUAGCCCCGACCUUAGAAGGCAGAGCAGUUCUAUCCCCAAAGCAACCACCCUUUUUUCUCCAGCCAGCAGUGAGGCUGCCCCCAUCUUGUCCCCCUCCCCAAAAAAUCAACUGGUAUCAAUCAGUGUGAAAGGGCCAGCUUUCACAUGCUUUGAUCACUGUCAAAGUACCCACUGGCUUGUCUGUUAUAAAUCUACUGGACUUUAUCCCAAGAGUAAAAAUAGACUUAAUGUUUUGGCUGAAAAGUGUGUGCAAAAAAAAGGUUUAACAGAUGAAAUCAGUUUUCCCCAUUUCUCCAGUUUGUCCCGGAGAAAACAUCCUCCCCAAGCAAACCGGGCUGUGCAGAGUGGGGAUCCGUUCAUGGCCUUCUCUUGUGUGGUUGAACUGGCAUCAAAACAGUUGGACAGUUUUCAUUUUCACCCCCACUGAAAAGCAUAGCUGGCGCAGGAAUAAAAUCUUGUUUGCUGA